AAACAAACUCAGUAAGUGAUAGAUUUUUGGCAGAUCAGCUCCUCCCACACUGGAACUCAUCAUCAGUGAAGCUCCUCCCACACUGGAACUCAUCACCAGUGAAGCUCCUCCCACACUGGAACGCAUCAUCAGUGAAGCUCCUCCCACACUGGAACUCAUCAUCAGUGAAGCUCCUCCCACUGCAGUUCAGUAAUAAAUGCUGGAAGAUUCCCAUCAGUUCAGAAGUGAAGGCGAGCGUCAGAGCAUCAGGAAGAGCUGAAAUCUGAUCAAAGACUGAGUUUAUUAAAGAGGACAGAGAGAAGAUGAGAGAUCCAGAGCCCUGCAGAAUCAAACACACUGAAGAUACUGAACAACAAACAGACCUGAUGGAAGAGAACGAGGAGAGUGAAGAACUGAGUGAAGUGGAGGAGAAACAUCAUGUCAAACCUCGCUCAAAGAUUAAAAAGACAUUUUUAAAGAAAAGAAAAGCCAAGAAAUCUAUCACCUGCACUCAGUGUGGAAAGAGUUUCACAAACAAACAAAGUCUUGAACGUCACAUGAGAGUUCACAUCAGAGAAAAGCCGUUCACAUGUGAUCAAUGUGGAAAGAGCUUCACAAACAAACAUAAUCUUAAUGAUCACAUGAGGAUCCACACCGGAGAGAAGCCAUUCGUGUGCGGUCAGUGUGGAAAGAGUUUCACAAAACAAGGAACCCUUAAAGUACACAUGAGGAUCCACACCGGAGAAAAGCAAUUCAAGUGUGGUCAGUGCGGCAAAACAUUUCAUUGGUCAUCAGACCUGAAGAAACACCUGGUAGUUCAUACGAAGGAGAAGCCACAUUCCUGUUCUGAAUGUGGAAAGAGUUUUUCACAGCGGGGGAGUUUACAUGUACAUCAGAAAACUCACACUGGUGUGAGAGAGUACUUGUGCUUUGAGUGUGACAAGACUUUUACUACAGCGAGCUCUUUAAACCUGCACCAGAGGAUCCACACUGGAGAGAAACCUCACAAGUGUUCACACUGUGACAAAAGAUUCAGUCGGUCAGGAAAUCUGAAAACACAUCAGAAGAUCCACAGCAGAGAGAAGCCGCAUACGUGUGAACAGUGUGGGAAGAGUUUCACAUUCAAAUAUCUUCUUAAUAUUCACAUGAGGAUCCACACCGGAGAGAAGCCGUUCAAGUGUGAUCAGUGUGGAAAUCAAUUCAAAGAAAAAGAAUCCCUUAAAAAACACAUGACAGUCCACACUGGAGAAACGCCAUUUACAUGUGUUCAGUGCGGGAAGAGUUUCCCAUACAAACUAAGUCUUGAGCAUCACAUGAGAGUUCACACCGGAGAGAAGCCGUUCACAUGUGAUCAGUGCGGGAAGAGCUUCACGCAACCAGCACAUCUUAAAGUACACAUGAGAGUUCACACCGGCGAGAAGCCGUACAAGUGUGGUCAGUGCGGGAAGAGUUUCACAGACAAACAUAAUCUUAAUGUUCACAUGAGAGUUCACACCGGAGAGAAGCCAUUCACAUGUGACCAAUGUGGAAAGAGCUUCGCACAAUCAGUACAUCUUAAAGUACACAUGAGGAUCCACACUGGAGAAAAGCCACACACGUGUGAUCAGUGCAGGAAGAGUUUCACAUACAAACAUAAUCUUAAUGAUCACAUGAGGAUCCACACCGGAGAGAAGCCGUUCGCGUGUGAUCAGUGUGGAAAGAGUUUCACAAAACAAGGAACCCUUAAAGAACACAAGAGUGUUCAUACGAAGGAGAAGCCACAUUCCUGUUCUGAAUGUGGAAAGUGUUUUUCACGGCUUAAAAAUUUACAUGUACAUCAGAAAAUACACACUGAUGUGAGAGAGUACUUGUGCUUUGAGUGUGACAAGACUUUUACUACAGCGAGCUCUUUAGAACUACACCAGAGGAUCCACACUGGAGAGAAACCUUACAAGUGUUCACACUGUGACAAGAGAUUCAGUCGGUCAGGACAUCUGAAAUCACAUGAGAAGAUCCACAGCAGAGAGAAACCUCACAAGUGUUCACACUGUGACAAAACAUUCAGUCUGUUAUCAAAUCUGAAAAGACAUGAGAGGAUCCACAGCAGAGAGAAGCCACACACAUGUGAUCAGUGCGGAAAGAGUUUCUCUUUUAAAAGUCACCUGAAGAUACACAUGAAGAUCCAUUCAGUGGAGGAACCACACAGCGAUGUUCACAAGUCUCCAUCGCUGGAGUCAGAGUCAAGUCUCGAGUGAUUUAAUGACUUGCUAAAAAAAUCUCAUUAAAAAUCCUCAUGAACUGAACUCAUCCUAAUCACGAAGCUCUAGACAAAAUAUAUGAUCUUCUAUGAUAUGCUUUGUAAGGUUAAUGUACAUCCAGCCUGUUACUUAUGUUUUAAUCCACUACAAUGUACAAAACAGUUGUUCUGUAAUGCAAUUCUACGAUAAGAGAGCUGCCUGAUCUACCAUGACACAUAAGGAAAUAUGUGACACAGAUAUUA